UUUUUACAUUUUCGACUUCUUCUCCAGAACCACUGGGCCAAAUAUAACCAAACUUGGCCAAAAGUCUGUCUGUAAACUUUUUACAUUUUCGACUUCUUCUCCAGAACCACUGGGCCAAAUAUAACCAAACUUGGCCAAAAGCAUCCUUAGGUGAAGGGCUUUCAAGUUUGUUCAAAUGAAAGGGCCAUGCCUUCUGCAAAGGGGAGAUAAUCACAAAAUGCAAAAUUAGGGUGGGGUUAUUUAAAAAUCUUCUUCUCAAGAACCACUGAGUCAGAAGAGCUGAAACUUACAUGAAAGCUUCUUGACAUAGUGCAGAUUAAAGUUUGUUAAAAUCAUGGCCCUGGGGGUAGGUUGAAGCCACAAUAGGGGAUCAAAGUUUUACAUACAAAUAUAUAGGAAAAUUUUUCUCAAGAACCACUGAGCCAGAAAAGAUGAGAUUUACACAAAAGCUUCCUGAUAUAGUGCAGAUUCAAAUUUGUUAAAAUCAAGGCCACUGGGGAUAGGAUGGAGCCACAAUAGGGGAUCAAAGUUUUACAUAGAAAUAUAUAGGAAGAAUAAUCUUAAGAAACACUGAGCCCGAAAAGCUGAGAUUUACAUGAAAAGUGCAGAUUUAAGUUUGUUAAAAUCAUGACCCCUGGCAUUAGGAUGGGGCCACAAUAGGGGAUCAAAUUUUUACAUACAAAUAUAAGAACAAUCUUUAAAAAUCAUCUUCUCAAGAACUACUGGACCAGGAAAAGAGAAAUUUACAUUAAAGCUUCCUGAUAUAGUGCAUAUUCAUUUUUCUUAAAAUCAUGGCCCCUGGGCAUAAGAGGGGCCAUAAUAGGGGAUAAAAGUUUUACAUACAAGUAUAUAGGAAAAAGCUUUAAAAAUCUUCUUCUCAAGAACCACUGAGCCAGAAAAGCUGAGAUUUACAUGAAAGCUUCCUGACAUAGUACAGAUUCAAGUUUGUUAAACUCAUGACCCCUGAGGAUAGGAUGGGGCCACAAUAUGGGAUCAAAGUUUUACAUACUAAAAAAUAGAAAGAAAUCUUUAAAAAUCUUCUUCCCAAGAACCAUUGGGCCAAAGAAGUUUACAUUUGCACGAAAGCUUCCUGACAUAGUGCAGAUUUGAGUUUGUAAAAAUCAUGGUCCCGGGGGUAAGAUGGGGCCACAAUGGGGUAUCAAAGUUUUACAUAAAAGUAUAUAGGGAAAAUCAAUAAAAAAUCCUCUUCUGAAGAAUCACUGGGCCAGAAAAGUUUACAUGAAGGCUUCCUGUAAAUAUCAUGCCCCCCCCCCCCCCCCCCCCCCCCCCCCCCCCCCCCCCCCCCCCCCAGGAAUAGGUUUUGGAGCCACAAUAGGGAUCAAAGUUUUGCAUGCAAAUAUAUAGGGAAAAUCUUUUAAUUUUAAUAAUUGGGCCAAGUGACUCAGGUGAGCGAUGUGGCCCAUGGGCCUCUUGUUAAUGUUUACAAUGCUUAACUAAGGUAUUUCUAAUGGUCAGCAAAAAUUUGAAUGUCAGUUGUCGAGGUACAUGGGAGAUUCAGAGCUCACAAUUCUUUGUUAUGUAAACAAGGCUCAUGUCACAUUUUGUAUACAUAGGUUAAAUAUUGAAUUGUGAGUGCUGCAUCUCUCUUGUAACUCAACAACUGAUAUUUAAAUUUUUUACUGACCAUUAGAAAUACCUUAGUUAAGCAUUGUAAACUUUAAAAAAAAAAAUAUGGAAAAUAAAAUUUGAAAAUGUUCAGUCCAAGUCAUGCCCAUGCCCCUUUAACAAUGUGCUGUUUUUAAGGCAUUGGUUUUUUUUUUCCUUCUUGAGUAAUUUGUAAUAGAGAAUGUUUAGGUUGACUGAAUUUCACUGUUUGCAGUAUGUCUGACCUAAUUUAUAAAUAUGAAUUUCCAUUAUAUACUACAUGCAAUGGAUAAUGUAUCAUUUGCUCUGCUGUGAUUUUAAUUAGCUAAUGAAGAAAAUUUGUUAAUGGUGAUAUCCCAUGCUAUGAUUGAUAAAUCCAGUGUAGAAUUUUUCUGCUGAUUUUCUCUCCAUGUGCUGUAAACACUGACUAAUGUCAGUGUGGACUCUGUGUAAUGUACUUAUAUAAUUCUUAAAUACUCCAAUUGAUAUCCAGAAAUCCAAUUCAGUCCGGUGAAUAUUGGUGAUCAAACUGUUUAGUUACUAAUUAAUAAAUAUUGUAAGUUUG